AUGUCCGGAAUAAGCUUGAAUUUGGGUGCAAGGAGCUUUGUGCCGAAGAAGAAGAAACCCGAGGAGGAGAAGCCUGCUCCCAUCGACGACGAGUUAAAGCAAGAGAUUGAGAAAGUUGAAGAGGAGGCCUCGGAAGGCCCGAUUAAAGAAUCUGCGAACAUCAUUUUUGUCGGUCAUGUUGAUGCGGGGAAGUCGACGACGUCGGGGAACAUAUUGUUCCAAGCUGGUACGAUCGAGCAGCGGAUCAUAGAUAAAUACGAGAAGGAGGCGAAGGAUAACCAACGUGAGUCGUGGUGGUUAGCGUACAUUAUGGAUCAGAUCGAAGAAGAGAAGUCGAAAGGGAAGACCAUAGAUGUCGGUCGUGCGUUAUUUGAAACUGAGAAGCGCCGAUAUACCAUUCUCGAUGCCCCAGGCCAUCGUUCAUUUGUACCAAAUAUGAUUUCAGCUGCUGCACAAGCUGAUAUAGCUGUCUUAAUCAUAUCGGCACGAAAGGGGGAGUUUGAGACUGGAUUUGAUAAAGGUGGACAAACUAAAGAACACUCGCAAUUGUGUCGAACGGCUGGUGUGAAAACAGUUGUGAUGGCGGUCAACAAAAUGGACGACAAGACAGUCAAUUGGGACAAAGCCCGUUACGAUGAAAUUAUCGGGAAAGUGAAACCCUACUUGAAACAGUGUGGGUUCACCGAUUGUUACUCACUCCCAAUUUCCGGAUUCAGUGGGUUGAACUUAAUGAAGCGUGUAGACAAAUCGGCAUGUCCCUGGUAUGAUGGGCCGAGUUUGGUGGAGUUGUUGGAUAGCAUCAAAUUAGUCUUAGGCAAUCCAAAAGGUCCGAUUCGUAUGCCGAUCAUCGACAAAUCAAAGACGGGAAAGGGCGAUCCGUUGUGA